AUGGGUCAAAUAGCUCAACAGUUAGCUUCCAGUUCCCAGGUACUUGGCACGCUUCCUAGUGGAACAGUUGUGAAUCCACGUGAUCAAAGUCACAUCAAAGCAGUGGUCACAAGAAAAGGAAAAGCUAAUGAAAAACAAGUUGACGAACAGGUCGAAGAAGAUGGGUUGUUGGAAGUUGAUUUAGAGAUCAGAGAAGAGCCAAAACAAGAUGAAGAAGUGGUGGUGAAACCGAAGUUCUUAGAGUUAUUCAAGAAGCUCGAGAUCAACAUACCUUUUGCUGAAGCUUUAGAACAAAUGCCGAUAUAUGCCAAAUUCAUGAAAGACAUCAUAUCGAAGAAGAGGUCGAUUGAGGGCGAGCCGGUUAUGCUAACUAAAACUUGUAGUUCUAUUUUGCAUGGCCUAAAAAUUCCGGUGAAGAAAAAAGAUAGAGGUGCUGUCACUAUUCCUUGCACCAUUGGAGAUAGAUCAUUCAAGAAGGCACUAAUCGAUUUGGGAGCAAGUGUUAGUCUAAUGCCCCUUUCGAUUUACAAAAAAACUGGAGUUAGGAGAAGUGCAAGACACUCGCGUGACACUGCAGUUUGCUGA